UCAUUUAACUGUCUUCAUCCCUCAAACAGCCACAUAUGUGCUGUUCCUGACAAGCGAGAACCUCCAUCCCGCUGUAAAAAGUAACUAAGAGAUUUUUCACAACAGCCUAAACUUUUAGCUGGCGCUAUCAGUUCAUCUUGUUCAGGACAAUAUUGUGGAUUAUCCAUCAUUUAUUUCAAAAUAUUAAGAGUUUCAUCAUUCCUACAAGAGGACCCAUGUGGGUGGUGGAGAAGAUCCGUGUGUCAGUGGAGAGAUCUUACCUGCCUAUCCCAUCAGCAGAACUCAGCUUUAAAAUUAGUGACAUCAUGUUCGGGGAAAAGGGCGACAAACCCAAAAAGAUUUCCCUCUGUCCUAAUGUCAUCACCCCCGACAACAUCCCUGAGUUCUGCAUCCCCCCGACAAUCCCAUCCCUGCAGGAGUUGAAGAAUACGGAGCAGAGCCGGGCUGCUUGCGUAAUCAAGGUGUCUGCCUGUGGGGGGGGCAGUCCUGAAAUAGACGUGUCAUGUCAUGAGACAAUGAACCCGCACAUUAUACAGGUAGAGAGUGUGGAUGAGAACCCCUAUGAUGGCUGCAGCGAUGAGGAAACCACCAAUGCAGAUCCCCAGAGCCAAGCUGCCUUGUCUCUUCCACACAUGGCCAAAGCUCAGACCUGCUAUGGCUUUUGUACCUUACUGGAGAGUCCCCACACAAGGAGGAAGGAGUCACUCUUCCACUCUGAUCCUGGCUCUUCUCCCCUGCUGCUGCCCAGGAGUAGAUCCAGCGUGUGCUCUAAAGUCUCCCCCUCCACUUCCCCCUCCUCCUCUCCUUCUUCAUUCAGCCUUAACACCCUGACCUCCAGGCUUUCCCCGAGGGGAUACACCCUGAACUGGCAGGCCACUCUGGACAGCGAUACAACUUCCUCUACUGAAUCCUCUCCUUUCAGCUCACCACUGCUGGCCAGGUGCCCUGCCAAGUCUUCCCUCUUCAAAGCACUGAGCCAUGAACUGCUGUUGUCAAGGAACAUGAGGAAGGCAAUGGUGUCAAGGAACAAUUCCCUGUCCACAGAUGAAGGCAGCUCCACAGACAAUAGCCCCAAUGUCAUGAGGAGGGCAUCAGAUGGGUUAGCUGAAGGCCUGCCCAGCAGCUACAGGCUGGCGCCACCCAACUUCUUCCCCAUGGACUUGACUCUGCACAGAGAGAGUGUAAUGAAGGAGAGAAUGGCACCCAUAGGGAAAGAUGGCAGCCUAAGACUCUCAGCUGAGUACUGCCCGGAUAACCAAAGACUGCGGGUUCGACUGAUCAGUGCUGAGGGCCUCUAUCCGCUCUCUGUAGACCCCAAGAUUAUCAACUGCAGCGUCAGCCUUUCUCUGGUGCCCGGAAAAGUCCAGAAGCAACGCAGCACAGUCAUCAGAAAGAGCCGUAAUCCGAUCUUCAAUGAGGAUUUCUUCUUUGAUAGUAUCUCAGAGGACGACCUCAGCCAGCGGUCCCUUCGCUUUAAAGUAGUGAACAAAAUGUCCACUCUGAAAAGAGACUAUCUUCUGGGUGACUGUGAUUUGCCUCUUUCUAGCAUUGUGACGUCAUAAACCUAAGUACUUCCUUAGCUGCUUAUUUAUGUAUGAAAGUAUUUAUUUACAUUUUUGUAUUGUAAAUCAAUAUUUUAUA